AUGGCCACUACUAUAGGAGUGCAACCGAUUCGUCCUCCACUGUUAUCUCCAACUUCCGAACAACCUACACUUUUUGACGGAACCACCAGGUUGUACACCAGUUAUGUUUGUCCCUUUGCACAACGUGUAUGGAUCGCUAGGAACUAUAAGGGGCUACAAGACAAGAUCCAAUUAGUUCCUUUUGAUCUUCAAAAUAGACCUGCAUGGUAUAAGGAAAAAGUUUAUCCUGAAAAUAAGGUGCCUUCUUUGGAGCACAAUGGCAAGAUAUUGGGAGAAAGUCUUGAUUUGAUCAAAUAUAUUGAUGCUAACUUUGAAGGAACACCUCUCUUUCCCAAUGAUCCUGCCAAGAAAGAGUUCGGCGAACAGUUGUUAUCCGAGGUUGAUAUCUUUGUCGAAGACUUUUUCAAUGCAUUAAGAGGGGAUACUGUGCAACAAUCCCAUCCUGCUUUUGAAUUCUUGGAGAAUGCUCUUGGUAAAUUUGAUGAUGGACCAUUCUUGCUUGGUCAAUUCAGUUUGGUGGAUAUUGCCUACAUUCCUUUUGUUGAAAGAUUCCAUGUUGUCCUGCUUGAGGUGUUCAAGCACGACGCCACAGAAGGAAAACCUAAACUUACAAAAUGGAUUGAGGAGUUGAACAAGAUUGAUGCUUAUACACAGACAAGAGAGGAUCCUCAAGAUAUCGUUGAUAUUGUCAAGAAACGUUUUAUGCCUCAGAAGUGA